GAAAUAAUUUAUCAGUCGUUUUAGAGCUUUGAUCGUAGACGGACUGUAUUCAUAACCGUUGCUUUGAAGAUUUUUUUUUGGGUGAAUAAGGAGAAAAAUUACUAUAAUUACCAUUGUGUAUACACACAUGUAGCGCACACACCGUGGUUUAUACGGGGGAGAGAAACGCAGCAAAGUGAGAAUUCGACAUACGUACGGUCCGUAGAAAGGCAAGGCGAGAAAGCGAGUGGCACUAGCGAUCUGUUAAAAAAUAGUUAUGAAGAGCACGACCAGUGAACGAAUUUCGGCGAAUUAGAUUCAAGACGGAGGAGAGAGAGUAUUUUUGGGCAGAAAAGAUUAUCGCGAACGCAUCUUCCACCCCAAAUAAGUAAGUGCGUGUAUUUGGCGAAUCAGGGAAUGUUGCAUUAAUGGAAGCUUCUGACCCAGGAAGUGUUGGGCUCAAGAUACGACGAACAAGGUUCAGUGGAUUGUUGGGUAGUGUAAAGUUUGUGCGAUAUUGCAGUUUCGAAGUGUGAUGUGACUGUAGCUAGUAGCGACGAUCAAAGAGAAGGAAAAUUCACAAAGUUAGCGGUGUAGAGUGCAAGCAGUGAAGAACGAGACACAUAUAGAAGAAAUCUCAUUACGCGGGCUGCGACGCGGCAGCACUUUCAUGCAGAACAGUACGCGUCGCGGUACACACACUUGUGUAGCACAGCACCACAGACAUAGUGCGACGACGGCAGAUGUACGACGAACAACGUCGCGGUCGUCUUCUUGUUGGUCGUCGUCGUGGUCCCCGUCAUCGUCGUCAGAUCCGCGGCAGCAGAAAAACAACAUCGUCGACAACAUCACCGUCGACGUCUUCGUCGUCAGCGGUAGGAGCAGCACUAAUAGAAACGGCCCCAGCACCAGCUUCACCAAAAGCAUGAAAACAGCUCUAAAAAAACGCCAACGGCCACAGCAUCGAGCAGCGAGCGAAGAAAAUAUUUUGAAAAGUGAUUUAUUUUCGUUCAUAUUUUUUUCUGGCAACCGAAAAAAGAGCAUGAAGAAAAUGUAAGAAGAGCACAAAAUGCGAAUACGUUUGUAUAUUUAUAAAUGAUAAAUCAAAGUUAGAAGAAGAAAGCGAAAAGUAAGAAAAAGAUUUUUUCUUCAAAGUGAUCUAAUGAUUUCAUGAAUGAAAACAACAGCCACACGCAUAGAAGGAAAAGUCAUACGAAAAAAUAAAAGUUUUGCGAGAUCAGUGAAUACAUUUCGAAUAAGUGCGGGAUUUGGAGCAAAUAUCGAAAAAAGUUCAACAAUAAUACUACACAGAAAUAGAGAAGCGAUAUAAAAGCAAAAAGUGAGCACUAGUGAAUGUGUCAGAAUGCAGUUGCUUAAAUCAGUGAAAACAACAUAUGAAUGUCGGAAGGUUGCUUUGAAUAAAAGUGCUGAAAAAAGGGUUUUCAACAGUGAAAAGUCCGAGAAACCCUUUUCUUUUUCGGGCUGACCCAGCAAAUCAUGAAUCUAGUGUUUUCGCGCAAAACUAGGAUUAAUAUUGGAUCUACCGAAGCGAUAACAGCAACGACGAGAUCGCAAAACAGGCACCGAUCAUCAUCAGCAGCAGCAGCAGCAAAAACAACGGUUACUUCACUGGAAGUGGCACGCCCAGAGACUCCCGACCACCACCGGCAUUGGAUUAAAAACGCACGAGCCUGGCAGCACCCGGUUUAAUUGCUUAUUGAUUAUAAGGCGAUUAAAACGAUGACGGAUCUUGGUGGACCACGGCUGAAGACAACACAUCGAAGCCGCUAGUGUAACGAGCUACAUGGAUCGCAGAAAUGGCGGCGAUCCUUUGGCGCCACCUCGGCCCCCUAAGUCCUUGCCUCGUGUUCAUCGUCCCCGGGCUCCUGAGCCGACCAUAAUGAGCGCUGCCAACAGUACCAAUCAAUCUUCAGCGAACAACAGCGCAAACAAUACGACGAUUACGAAUCGAAGUCUCCAUAACGUACAGCAACUGUCACCAAAACCUAGGAAUCUAAGCGCUUCCAGUUCCCCUGCGCGUAACCUUAGUAGCAAUAUAUUAUCAUCAAUUCCACCGCCGUUGCCACCUCAAAUAGCGCCCUUGACACCGCUUCACACCCGAAGCAGUAGCAACAGCAGCAGCAUCAGCAGUAGUAGUCAUCAUCAUCCGCACCACCACCAACUUUCUACUAGUAGUAUCGUUAGCAAUAAUCUAGCCCAGCCAGCAAGUACCUUCUCGCGACGACGUCCACCGGCAGCUUUACCAACUAACUCGACACCGAGCAUUUUGAACCCAAGCAUUGAGACGACAGCGUCGACUACGACGACAACGUCUGCCUCAUCCCCGGUCACCCUGGCUGCACCUAGACCAGAGAACGAAAGGCUUACUAACGAGUAUGUCGAUACACCGUUUAGUAGACUGUCACCUGCAUCGAACCGUCAGCGGGGGCAGCAUGCUAUUGGAUCCGCGGCGACCACCGGGUCGGCGACGACUCCGAUGCCUUCGGUGGCAUCCAGUAUCGACCGUCACCAUCAACUAUCAGUAUCGCAACCAACUAAUAAUCGAUUACAUUCGCCUAGCACUAUCCAUAGUAGCAAUAGUACAACGGUGUCGACCAUCGGUAAGCCAAUCGGAUCCACGGCGACAACCACCACGCUGCACAGCAGCAAUAGGAACUUUAACAAUAAUACAAUCAACUCUAGGCCAAACCAAUUACCACUGGGACAAACGACGUCUUCGACGGCGGCAACGACAACAACCACGACGGGAACGACCGGUAUGCCCUUAUCGGGAGCACCGACGAUACAGUCAGCGACAUUGCCAAUUACCAAACAACCAGUAUCAAACAACUUUAGCAAAGACUCAUCGGCAGCCGGUCUGCACGAGCUUGACACCGAUCUACACCCAUCAAGUGGUGAUCUACUUAAUUCCAUCACCUGCCCUCAGUGUAAAAAGUGUCGGUGCGAAGAAUGUCAACGGCCGCGACAGCUACCCUCUCGAUGGCUUUGCGAUAAAACCUGUCUCUGCAGUGCGGAGACCAUCAUUGACUACGCUUCAUGUCUAUGCUGUGUCAAGGCGCUGUUCUACCACUGUUCGAAGGAUCAUGAACUGGAACGCGAAAGCGAUACAGUUUCCUGUGCAGACGAUCCCUGCUCUUGUGUUCCCCAUAAGCGAACGACUCGUUGGGGCUGCCUGGCGGCCCUCUCUCUUCCACUGCCCUGUCUAUUGUGCUACUGGCCAAUGCGGGGUUGUGUUGCCAUCUGUGCGAAAUGCUACGCAAAACAUUCCCGACACGGUUGCCGCUGUCAGUCACAGAACGGUAGCAGUCUCGCCGACAGUAUCCUCGGUGGAACAGGCCUGGGCAGUGGUAGCCUUGGUGGAGGUGGUAACGGUGGGUCACAAGGUGGUAACGGCAAUCUGGAUCACGGUAGCAAUAUCAGCAGCAAAUUCUCCACCGUCAGUAGUACUAGCCCGUUCAGCAAGGGACACCACCACCAUCAUCAUCAUAGUCACCACAAUCAUCAUCAUCAUCAUUCGGGGGAUCUUACGCCCGAAAAGCGCCUGCUCGAUUCCAGCCCGGAGUACUGAUAUAUGCUGUAUCUGUAAGCGGGCAACGAAGGAGGCAGCGGCGGCAGCUGAUGCCAUUUUCGAGAAACAAGGCCCGCUGGCAGAGAUCAUCACGAUCGCAUCCGGCGUUCAACGGUAAACAAUAGUAGGUAGUAGUAAUAAUAAUAAACUCGGCGAGCGCAACAGACAAUGCCCGCGCGCGUACUCUGUGGCUAUAUGUAGGUAGAAGGGAAAACAAAACGUAUAAAAAAGCGAAGAGCAAAGUUCGAAGCAUAUAUAGGAAUGGGAGAAAUGUUUUUUAAUUAUAAUUUAACCAAAGACUGCAGACUAUUAUUGAGUUAUGUUUUUUGAUAUAAAUAAUGUUUUUCGUGUAAUGCAAGCGAAACGAACCGACGAGGAAGAUGCAAAUCUGUAAAUUAUCCACUAAUAUACGGGCUUAACUAUGGAUUGCUUCAAACAGAUCGAGAACGAAGCAGGAUGAAAGUCGAAUCAUAAAGUCAUACUACCCACUACUACUACUAUUACACACCUUCCUACUACUGCUAGGUUUCGUUACAGAAAAAAAUGAAUCAAUACAGCUACAGUUACUAAAGAAAUUCGAAGAGCAGGAUUAGGACGCGGGAAAGAUAACUAAUUUAUUCUAACUGUAUACAGAUUUUAAGGCAAAUGCGCAAUCUCUCAAUUUUCCAGAGAGGUUAAGAUUUUUUUUCUACUGAGAGCGUAGAAUGCGUUCACCAAAACGGCGAAAGUCUACGGUGCGAAUGGCGUUCUUCUUGUGUAUAGGGAAUUAGAUAGGACAUUUUCCAAAUGGCUAGACGGCACGGCGAAUUCAGGGAAGAGAGAGGAUGCGCGAAUGAAUCUAGGUGUGGACGCGAGGAAUCAUUACUGAUGUUUUCUGUUCAUAAAUGCGUAAUUUAUUUCCUACGUUCCGUUUUGUUUCAAGCAAACAAGUGUAUGGAAUAAUGCAAGUGUACGAUUGUUUUCGCGAUAUUUUAGAAAUAUCGGGGAAAUGCGAGUAAGUUGACGGAAUUCUGAGUGCACGCAAGUCAAUGGCCGGUAAGACGAGAGGUUAGGUAACAGCUGUCAGAGGGAACUGAAAGCGAGGAACUCUUGAAGCAUAUAGAUGAAACAGAGUUGAACAAAAUCAUGUAAAUAAGUAUACAUAUUUAUCCAAAACAAAACCAAGCGACUAAUUUAAUGUAGGGCGCCCGUGUGGCAAACAAAGAAACUAUUUUCUUAAAAAAAACUGUACGAUUGAAGGAUGCUGUAUAUAAACCGAUAGGAAGCGGUUCGCAAAGAAACUGAAUAAAGGGAAAACAGAUGAUAAGCAUAUUUAUAUUUAAAUACACGCGAAAGAACCACUGAAGAAAUGUAAUAUAUUUUGGGAGUGUUCUAGUUUUUGUUUGAGGCGAAGAGCGUGAGCGAGUGUGAGUGUGUGCGCGAUUGUUCCACGUGACCAGAGUGUUUGGAAGAGUGGCAUAAGGCGUGAAUGUAGUGCGUUAUUCUUCUGUGUAAAUAUUUACCACACAGGAAAAAGGAAAGAAAGCAACAAAUCAGCAUUAUCCGGUACGAACCAAUUGUAUUUCAGACGAAAACAAAAUCCACUGCAAAGAGCCUAUGAAACGAGCGGCAGGCAAAACAGUCAUGCGAUCAGUGAGCAGAGUUUCCAAAAAAAAAGAAGAGAGUGGUAGGUUCAAAACAAAAGGAGUUAAUGUUGCUGGCAGCGGCUUCGGCUCGAAACGCGCGAUCCACGUGGUUUGCGGCGGCGAAUAGACGCUAAUCACUCGUGUGAAUCGAUUGUGGAAUGACAAGUAUGCAAAAAUUAUCACGCUCCCAAUCACUGGCUGCCAUAGCCGAGCAAACAAACAAACAAAAAAAAAAAAACGAACCCAAGGUUCAACGGGUGUGAAUGUACUUUUCGCGAUCAUAUCAACGACGCUCAAGCCUCGUCGUCAGUAAAUACCACAGAGCCUCCGGCCCUGCUGGUCUGCGGGAAAAAAUCGGUUCAUUGUUAUUUAAAUUGAUAAAAGCGCUGAUUAAAGUGAUGCAUUCACCACGUUUCCGUAAAAGUUUUUUUUUUGUUCAGGGUGUGUGAUUGUGUGCGUGAAAGUAUUCCUACGGCAAGGGGCUCUCCAAUGGUGGCAGGUUUUUUUUUUUCCUCUGCCGGGACAUAUUUUUCCGAAGCGUCGAUCGAUCAUGGAGGGGCUUGACCGCGCGCGCCGCAACCGACUUAACAGAUUGUAGGAACACUUAGGAAUCCGCUUUACGACGUGUGUAUGGAAGGAGAAUGAAUCCACCAUCAUCAGUGCGCUGUCCCGUAGAGCGACGUGAAAUAUUUAAACGUCGGUGAUAACCUAUAUGGUUGCAAGCGAACAUAAAUAACAGAUAAUAUUUUAGUCAGUGGAGCGCUGAAUGUGCCUGAACGGAAACCGGGAGCGAGAAAGGAACAUUUGGCUCACGGUUGAUGUGGGCAUUGAAGUGUAUUUUAUGAAGCAAAUUAUCAUUCAGAUGGAUUUACUUCUCUGGAUAUAAAUUUGGGCUUGUGUCGGAAUUUGAUCGGAAUGAAUGGAGGGAAAAAUGGAUUCAAUAGAGUCCUAAAUUCUCAAUUGUUGCACCUAACGCAUAAGCUUGCAGUAGAAACAUAAGUUUAUUAUAUUAAAACUUUUACAAUUUUUGAGUUUUUGCAACACCCCUAGUUUUUAAUUCAUGUUUUGGAAGAAUUGUAUUUUCCGUGUACUUUUCGUUUCAUGCUUCGAAUGUGUCAUAGUUAAAAUUUUAACCUAAUUAGUCGUUAUCAGAGCGAGAAAGUUUGACAAAGUGCUCGUAAGAACUUGUUUUGUUGUGUCAUCAAAUAAAAAUUGAGAUGUUAGGAGUCUAUUGGUGACAAUUUUACCUUGGAUAGUAAACUUUUUUGUAGAAUAUUAUUCAAGUACAAAGUUGUUUACUGAACACAAUAGUGAUCAUUUAUAUGAGAGAUAAGCAGAAGUAAACUGGAAUGAUUUGGCAAUAGACCAGCAGUGCUGAGUUUGCUUGGCGUCGAGAAUGAUAUUCAGGGUCCAUCCAUCCAUCCGGGAACUACAUGUAACCGGGAAAAAUACGGGAAUGUGAAGAACACACCGGCAAAAUGUGUAUUUGUGCGGUCAUAAAAAGACAGUUAACGAUCCUUGAAAAAUUUCUAGAAGGGCGGGGAAUGGGAAACUUUUAAUGAGAUCUAUGCUAGAGUCCUAACGUGAACCGAGCCGAUAAUUGAUCAAUUUUUUGAAAGUUGUUUCUAAGAGAUCAUUGAAACAUUAUUAGUAGAUUGUUGAUAUGAUAGAUUUUAGAAAAGAUCCUUGGCUAAUUUUGCUUGAAACUCCUAGUAGACUCCAAUGAAUUGGCGAAAAGCUGAUUCAAAAAAAAAAUUUUGCAUGUUUCUUUAGAGAUCUACUGAAAUCCUGCACAGAUUAAUUAAUAAUUCCGUUUGGCGAAUUUCUAUGAUUAUUGAUGACACUGAUUCUUGGCAGAGUACAGUCUGGAGUUGAAAUCAAAUUCCUUGCUGGCUGAUGGUGACCAAUCGGAUAUGGUUGUCAAGAUUUGUGUUCUUGAAAAUUCGAUGUGUGGCUUCGUUCUAUAAGAGAUUCUUUUUAAGAGAUUGAACGCUACCCUUUAUAUAGAGUCAAUGAAGUGCUUAUUUCAUGCAUUAGGCUUAAUGAAUCAAUAAUAGGGUUUCGAGGCGGUGAAAACGCUGUUAUUUUGCGUGUUUGGCAUUGUAGUUCUAUUAAAAUGUUUAAAUGCAUUUCUAAUGCUGAUUCGUGGCUCAUUCUUCGUGCUUAUGGUUACUUGGCCAAUCAGCUUUCGCGCGAUUUGACUCGCUUCUACAAGAACAUUGAUUGAACUCGUUUAGAUGACGCUUCGGCAAAUAUAAAAAAACGACACUAUUAUCGAAAGUCGAGUGCUCGCUGCAAAUGUACCAUUCAGCUCUCGUUCAACUCUUCCUGGAAAUGGAAAAUAAUCGAUUUUCAUUUUUCUCAAGUUCGUUCUCUGACGGUUUCCUGAUAAAUACAAAUACGGUUUG